AUGGCCGGCCCAUUCAACAAAAAGCGCCCCAUGGGCGGGAAGUUCCAGAAACCCAUGAAGAGACAAAAGCGCGAACGGCGUGUGCAAAAAGAAUACCAUAGCAGCACCGAGGACGAGGAAGGCGGCGAUGACCAGCAGCAAAACUUUGACGCCGUCAACCUGCUCGACUCGGACGAUGACAUUCACAAUGCCAAGGCCGACGACGUCGGCGAGGACGAUCGCGGCGACGCGUCAAGUUCAGAAGACGAGGCUCCGCCGAAGAAGGCCAGCGGCGCCAAGGGCAGCGCAAAGCUCAAGGCCAAGAUGCCCAAGACGCUGGCCACAGACGAUAAAAGCGACGUCGAGGAGGGUCUACCCGAGCCGGCGGACAACGAUGACGAUGACGAUGAUGAUGAAGAUGAGGACCUAAACGACGAGUUCGACCUGGGCGAGGAUGAUGACGACGACGAUGAGCAGGGCGGCUCAAGAAAACCCAAGAAGCGCAACGACCCGGCCGCCUUCGCCACGUCACUGUCCAAGAUCCUGUCCACCAAGCUGUCCUCCUCGAAGCGCGCCGACCCCGUGCUCGCGCGCAGCGCCGCCGCGCACGAGACAUCCCGGGCGAUGCUGGAGAGCGCGCUCGAGGCCAAGGCGAAGCGGCAGCUGCGGGAGCAGAAGCGCAAGGCGCAGGAAAAGGGCCGCGUGCGCGACGUGCUGGUGGCCCCGGAAGCGGAGGCGAGGUCAUCAUCAUCCGCUCCGGUGAUGACGACGGCGGACAUACUGGCGACGGAGGCCCGGCUGCGCAAGGUGGCGCAGCGCGGCGUGGUCAAGAUGUUCAACGCGGUGCGCGCGGCGCAGGUCAAGUCGAGCGAGGCGGAGCGCGCGACGCGGCAGGCGGGUGUCAUCGGCAUGGGCAGGCGCGAGGAGAAGGUGAAUGAGAUGAGCAAGAAGGGCUUCUUGGACUUGUUGGCGUCGGGGGGCAACGCGCUGAGGAAGGGAGCGAGCGCGAUUGAGGAGGCGUAG